GGGAGAGGAGCCGUUGUUUCUUAAGGGCGAGGCGUUUCCUGUGUGCGGGGAUGAAAAGAGGCGUUCCCGUAGCGUGCCCCUGGGGAUCUGAGGGGCUCGGUGGCGCGGCACGGCACGGUACGGUACGGUACGGUUCGGCGCGAUACCGUACGGUGCGACAGCCCCGCGGCGCUCCGGCGGCCCCUGCUCCUGUUGCCAUAGAGACAGGUCCCGCCCUGCUUUACGUGUUGAUUGGCCGGGCCAGACCCCCGUCCGGGCGUCGCGGAGAGCUCUGAUUGGAUAACACCGGACGCCGAGGCGAGAUUGCGCGACAAGCCGCACCGCCGCCAGCACCGCUUGCAUCUGCUAAAUCUAUUCCGGAGCCAAGGGUAGACAACCAGUACAAACGAAGUGUUCUUCUGUAAAUGGACAUCUGCUCUUGCAGUAUGGCCCAGGUACCCAGUAGCAAUGGAUUUAAACAGCGCUCAUCACCACCUUUGGCAGCCUCAAGGUCAAAAGAUGUGGACAAAGAGGAGGCAUUGCAGAUGGAAGCUGAAGCGUUAGCUAAGAUGCAGAAAGAAAGAGGUGUAACUGGUAAUAGACAAACUUUUCAUUCCUUAAGCAGCACCAAACAAAAAACACAGACUCAUAACAAACAGGACCAUGAUCUCAUGGUGUUUCCAGAGUCUGAUGCCAAGGGCAUGGAAGAUAAACUAAGAACCAUAGACGUAGAAAAACUUACUCAUGCUGAACUAGAGAAACUGCUGCUGGAUGACAGCUUUGAAUCUAGUAAAGUACCUGCGUUACCAGUAAGUCCUAUAUUGAGCCCAUCUGUGUCUUCACAACUUUAUCUUGGGCCUACAGGUCAGAGAAGACAGUGGAUGCCUGGAAUACCAGCACCUGUGACAUGCACUUUACCUCCUAUUUACCCCUCAGCUUCUUACACAAAACAAACUGUUGUAUUUCAUAAUGGAUUCCAUCCAACUAUGUCCUCCUGUGACUCUAGAGAGCCUGUUUACCUUGGUCUUCCAAGACAGUCCCAAUACAUUUCAUACCCAUUGGCAGCUACUACGCCUUUCCAUCCACAGGGAAGCCUACCUAUAUAUCCUUCAGUACUUACACCAGAAAUGGCACAAGUAUUUGACAAAAUUGCGAGCACCUCAGAAUUCUUGAAAAAUGGCAAGUCGGGCACGGACCUAGAAAUGAGUGCUAUAAAUUCUGCAGUUUCUAACCUACCAGCUUCGGAAAAUUGUGGGGACGUGAGUAAAUUUGACUGGUUAGAUUUGGAUCCCCUAAGUAAACCAAAAGUGGAUGGUGUGGAGACUUUAAAUAAGGCAGAGAAUGAUGGAGAUAAGGCUUCAAGUAUGGCUGCUGAAGAUCCAUGGGAUGCUGUGCUCUUAGAAGAAAAGCUGUUAGUUACUUGUCAUCUGGAACGAAAAGUUAAUGGUAAAUCUUCUGGAGCAACAGUUACAAGGAGCCAGUCCUUAAAUGUGCGAACAACUCAGCUUGCAAAGUUUCAGGGCCAAACAUCACAGUUGCAGAAAGACAAUGGGACCACUGGCAAGCUGACAGAAAAUGUGCUUCUCCAAGAAAUUGAAGGACAGAAUCAAGAACUGUCAGCUUUUUCUCAAGCAGUUACAAAAUUGAGGACCAAGUUUCCGUAUGCUAAUCGGCAAACAAAUCCAGGCUUUGUGCUGAGUCCAGUCACGCUGCAAAGAAAUAUAAAUGGGGAGAGUGCCAGUAUCAAGGUUUCUAUAGAAAUUGAAGAAUUCCAGCAACCAGUAACUUUCACGUGUGAUGUGAGUUCCCCUGUUGAGCUUAUAAUAAUGCAGGCGCUUUGCUGGGUGCAUGAUGAUUUGAAUGAAGUGGAUAUUGGCAGCUAUAUCCUGAAAAUCUGUGGCCAAGAAGAAGUUUUACAGAAUAAGCACUGCAUAGGAAGUCAUGAAUAUAUUCAGAACUGUCGGAAGUGGGAUACAGAAAUCAAACUGCAGCUCUUGACCCAUAGUGUAAUAUGCAGUGAUCUUGCACGAACAGAUGAUGAUGACAGAACACCCAUACAUCUAACCAAACACCUCUACAAAGUAGAAAAGCCUUUCAGAGAGCCUGUUAUAAGGUCUUCUAUUGAAGAGCUUUUUGAUGUAUAUCACAAGCAAGUUAACAUAGCUCUUAAAAAUGAGAACCAGCAUAAAGCAGUAGAUCAUGUAAUUAAGACUGUCAGAAAAAUCUGUUCUACAUUGGAUUGUGUAGAGACUCCUGCAAUAACGGAAUCAGUAAAGAAGCUAAGAAGGGCUGUUAAUCUUCCAAGGACUAAAAAUGCUGAGGUAUCCUUAAAGUGUGGUGAUGACAUUAGCAAGAGCUCAUCCAGUUCACUGCAGCUUGAAAACCCUCUGAAAGUGAGUAUAGACCAGUUAACAAGAGCAGUUGAAGCCCUUCUGCAACUCCACAUGAAUUCAUGUAGCAGUUCUGCAGCAACUUCUCCAAAAGUUGGUAAGAGUACCAAGGAGGCAUGGACUGCCACAGAACACCUCCAGUUCACAAUAUUUGCUGCUCAUGGAAUUUCUUCUGGUUGGGUAUCAAAUUAUGAAAAAUACUACUUGAUUUGUUCUCUGACCCAUAAUGGAAAAGAUCUGUUUAAACCUGUUCAGUCCAAGAAAGUUGGCACAUACAAGAACUUCUUCUACUUGAUUAAAUGGGAUGAACUCAUAAUUUUCCCCAUCCAAAUUUCACAGUUGCCUUUGGAAUCAGUCCUAUGUCUGACUUUGUUUGGAAUCCUAAAUCAAAGUAGUGGGAGUUCUCCUGACGCAAAUAAACAGAGAAAGGGUCCAGAAAUUUUGGGUCAGGUUUCUUUACCUCUUUUUGAUUUUAGGCGAUUGCUAACUUGUGGGACAAAGCUCUUGCAACUCUGGACCUCACAUCCACAUCACGCAUCAGGGGUGGCCAGUAAGAAAGGAAAUAUGGAAAGGAUAGUACUGCAGAUUGACUUCCCAUCACAUGCUUUUGAUAUUGAAUAUAAAAUUCCUGAAGCUGCAAAGACUACUGUGCAUCAUUCCAUAGAAACAUUAGAAAAACCAUUGAGACAACGCCUCUUUGCCAUUCUCUCCAAGGAUAACACUAUUGGCCUAUCAAAAGAAGAUAAGGAGUUUCUGUGGGAGAAGAGACAUUAUUGUCAUAGUCAUACAAAUAGCCUACCAAAAAUCCUGGUUAGUGCCCCUCACUGGGACUGGGCAAGCCUUCCAGAAAUAUAUUCACUACUUCAGCAGUGGCCUCCUUUAUCACCUUUAGCUGCACUGGAACUCCUUGAUUCAAAGUUUGCUGAUCAGGAAGUACGAAGUACAGCUGUGAAUUGGAUAGAGACAUUAAGUGAUGAUGAGUUAACAGAUUUCCUGCCUCAGUUUGUACAGGCAUUGAAGUAUGAAACCUAUCUUGAUAGUGCUCUCGUCAGAUUUCUUUUGGCCCGGGCACUGGGAAGCAUUCGAAUAGCGCACUACCUAUACUGGCUUCUUAAGGGUACACUGUAUGACACAAAGUUUGGUGUGAGGUAUGAGCAAAUUCUUGGAGCUUUUCUUUCAGUCUGUGGAAAAAGACUGAGGGAAGAGUUGGAGAAGCAGACCAAGCUAGUGCAGCUUUUUGGAAUGGUAGCAGAAAGAGUAAAGCAAACAAGUGGAUCUGCUCGACAGGCUGCCUUGCAAAAUGGCAUGGAACGUGUGCAGUUAUUUUUCUUGAAGAACAAAUGCCGCUUGCCUCUCAAUCCCAGUCUUGUGGCAAAAGAGUUAAAUAUUAAGGCAUGUUCUUUCUUCAGCUCCAAUGCAGUACCACUGAAAGUUGCAUUGAUAAAUGCAGACCCUCUGGGAGAAGAAAUCAAUGUGAUGUUUAAGGUUGGAGAAGAUCUGAGACAAGACAUGCUGGCUUUACAAAUGAUUAAGAUUAUGGAUAAGAUAUGGCUGCAGGAAGGACUGGAUCUUCGGAUGGUUAUCUUCAAGUGCCUCUCAACUGGAAAAGACCGAGGCAUGGUAGAGCUUGUUCCUGCUUCAGACACACUCAGGAAAAUUCAAGUGGAAUAUGGAGUGACAGGUUCUUUUAAAGACAAGCCUCUGGCAGAAUGGUUGCGAAAAUAUAAUCCUACAGAGGAGGAAUAUGAAAAAGCUUCAGAAAACUUCAUUUACUCUUGUGCAGGAUGCUGUGUAGCUACUUAUGUAUUGGGAAUUUGUGACCGCCACAAUGAUAACAUAAUGCUCCGAAACACAGGCCAUAUGUUUCACAUAGACUUUGGAAAAUUUUUGGGUCAUGCACAGAUGUUUGGUAGCUUUAAAAGGGAUCGAGCCCCUUUUGUGCUAACAUCGGAUAUGGCUUAUGUUAUUAAUGGUGGUGAAAAACCCACUAUUCGCUUUCAGUUAUUUGUGGAUCUCUGUUGUCAAGCUUACAACUUGAUAAGAAAACAUGCAAGCCUCUUCCUUAACCUCCUUUCACUGAUGCUUUCUUCUGGGUUACCAGAACUAACUGGGGUUCAGGACUUAAAGUAUGUCCAGGAUGCUCUCCAGCCCCAAACAACAGAUGCAGAAGCUACCAUUUUCUUUACAAGGUUGAUUGAAUCCAGUCUGGGAAGUGUUGCCACAAAGUUUAAUUUCUUCAUUCACAAUUUGGCUCAGCUGCGUUUCUCAGGUCUACCUUCUAAUGAUGAACCCAUUCUCUCAUUUUCUGCUAAAACAUACUCUCUUAAACAAGAUGGCCGAAUCAAACAGGUGUCUGUGUUUACGUAUCAGAAGAGAUAUAACCCAGAUAAACACUAUAUCUAUGUAGUGAGAGUUCUGCGAGAAGGGCAAGUUGAGCCAACGUUUGUCUUCCGAACAUUUGAUGAGUUCCAGGAGCUUCACAACAAACUUGGCAUUCUCUUUCCUCUUUGGAAGUUACCAGGCUUUCCUAAUAAGAUGGUUCUGGGAAGAACACAUAUAAAAGAUGUAGCAGCUAAAAGAAAAGUGGAGCUCAACAGCUACAUACAAAGUCUGAUGAACAGUUCUUCAGAGGUGGCAGAAUGUGAUCUUGUUUAUACUUUUUUCCAUCCAUUACUUCGUGAUGACAAAGUGGAAGGAAUAGAUGGAAUAGCCAGACCUACAGAUGCAAGUCCAUCAAGUCCUACCUCAGGCAAAGUGGGAGGAGAAGUGAAGCUAUCCAUAUCGUAUAGAAAUAGCACUCUAUUUAUCAUGGUGAUGCACAUUAAAGACCUGGUUACAGAAGAUGGCACAGAUCCAAAUCCCUAUGUGAAAACAUACUUACUUCCUGAUGCACACAAAACAUCCAAACGCAAAACCAAAAUCUCCCGGAAGACAAGAAAUCCAACUUUCAAUGAAAUGCUUGUGUACAGUGGAUAUAGCAUGGAGACUCUGAAACAGAGAGAGCUGCAGCUAAGUGUGCUCAGUGCAGAAUCGUUACGUGAGAACUUUUUCUUGGGUGGAAUUACACUCUCAUUAAAGGACUUCAACUUGAGCAAGGAGACUGUUAACUGGUCCUGCUGGAAGUCUCUUCCUAAGAUGUGCUACUUAGAAAUAAGAUCACUUAUACUGAUAUUCAUAGUUAGUGCAGAAUUCUACCCUCUCUUCUACCCAUGAUCUCCAAAAAUUGGAUGAAGACUGGCUGAAUGUGGUGCUGUAGGAAAUGUGCCCAGCUGCUCAGUGUUCUGAAAUGUCUGAAAUUCUAGAACAUUUAAUUAGUGCAGUGAUUAAAUGUGGAACAGAUUCAAACACUAAAUCCAAAGUGUAUUUUGCAGUUGUACUUCUAGGUAAAGAUGGCCUCUAGUAAAAAAAAGCACAACUACUGGAUGAAUUGCAGGCCAGAAAUGAGUUGCAUUAAUGAAGUGGAACUUGGUUACUUUUUAACAUUUCACAGCAAUACUGUUACUUCUCCCAGUAAGAACCAAUUCCUCUAAAAAUACUUGAUACCACAGGGGGUUAGGUUUGAAAUAUAUUGUGAGAGUGGAGUACAAAUGUCACUUAAUGUAUCUUGUUAAUGAUACCACUGGUUACUUUAUUAGGUGUUUCUGCACUUACAGGUGUAGCCUUUUUAUUCACCUUACUCAAUAUUUAGGAUCAUAUUCUGUCUAAACCAAGCUAUAAUGAUACACACUUUAGUACUAAAUCUUGAAGCAAGACAAGACUAUCACCACUGACUAUGACUAAGGGGAUUUUUGAAGUAAAAUAUGCAACUAUGAACAGAGAGAUAAUAUAGGGAAAGCCUUCUGUAUUCCCAACACUAAAAAUCUGUUUCGUAAUCUGGUUUUCCAUUCCCUGCUACUGACCAGUCUCUCUUCAGUACAGAAGAGAGAAGUAAACUUGAAUCUCCUGGUGCCUAAAAUAUUCAUGGUCCAAUUUUGUAGGAAUUAUUACAAUGAAAAUGCUAAGAAUAUCUUGAAUGUUAGAAACUGGGUUGAUACUAAUGGACUCUAACAAAACCCAGUUUUCUAGGCGUCUUCUGCAUAUUUUUCAUUUAGUAUAUAGCCUGUAAAUAAUAACCUAUAUAACUAACUUAGAUAUAUUUCCUGCUCACUUGAUGCUUUUGAGACUUACUCCAUUCCAUCAUUAGAAUCACAAGUCACUUAAACACAGGAAAGUAGACUACUGUUUUUGUGAAACGUUCCAUUGUGAAAUAAAAUGAAAGCAAUAUGUACUGCCUUUUUUGCAGUUUGCUAUUAAAGCACAGUGUCUUACAGCACAAAAUACAGAUAAACUAAAAUCAUUUAAGAAAUGAUUUGCAGUUUUAACAGUUGUCUGGACUGAAAAAAAUAUAUAGUACUGUAUUAUUAUUAGCCCAUGUCCUGACUUCUGAUUUAAUCUUCUUCAUAGCUUAACUCAUCUUGUGCCUUUCCCUCUCUUUUCAAAAUAGUCACCGGCUGAAGAUUUUUAUGGUCAUGGAUUUUAUUUUGUCUUGGCCUCUCCUCACAUGUGGAGGAACAGCACCAAGCUUGCACCUCUUUGCACUAUUCUCAAUUAAAAAAGUGAUUGUUGCAAUAAGACUUUAACAUGCUACAUAAAAGAAUAAAUUGAAAGAGGAAAAUAUUCAGUUGGGGUUCAAUUUAUGGUAAGUAGCUUGAAAACGUAGUUUUAAAGCUUUUUCUUAUCUUGUUUAAUGAAAAAGAUCUCUUACGCCACGUAUGACCUCCAGCCAGAAGUAUAAUUGUCAGUACGAUUGUUUUGGUAUUUCAGAGCAACAGCUUGUGCUAAGACCUCUUCCUUUUCUCUAUUGACCUAGAACUUUGCACUGAAACUUUAUUACUGCCUUUUAUGACCUACAGCUACCUGUCUCUGGAAGCAUGUGCGAUCUUUGAUAAAAGUUCUUUAUUUUUACAACUCGGGCUGUGUAGAAAUCCCCGUCGCCUGCCUUAACGCGAGGGCUCUGUCAGGGCUCGCCGCUGCCUUGCUCUCCCUUGUGCUCGUUACUCGGACACUGUGACUGAGGUAGUGCUACAGCUAAGGGAAGCGAGUGCCACCAAAUCCUUUGUCUCCCUUUGUCUAUGUAUCUGUAAGAACCAAAUACUUUAAUUAAACGAGCUCGUUAAUAAAGAUGUACAAUAUUGCCCUCCGUCGUGCCCGUACUGAGCGGGUUAAAUGUGACUCCGUAUCUGUCCUGUAAGUACAUUAAACGCUAUUCUGAGUUAAAAACA